AUGUCUACUAAGAUCCCCAAGACUUUCAAAUCAGUAAUUUAUUCGACCCAUAGCGUGGAAGAUUGUGCAUCAGUACUCUCAAUCCAUGAAUAUACCCCCAAGGAAGAUCUCUCAAAAUCAAUCGUAUUAAAAUCCCUUGCGUUCCCUAUCAAUCCAUCCGAUAUCAAUCAAUUACAAGGUGUAUACCCGUCUUUACCACCCAAGACGUUAGAAUAUUCUACAAAUGAACCUGCUGCCAUUGCAGGAAACGAAGGUGUCUUUGAAGUGGUGUCAAUCCCACCUGAGAUGAAUACUAACAGUAUCAAUGAUUUAAAUGAAGGUGAUUGGGUUAUCCCGUUAUAUGCGAAUCAAGGGACAUGGUCUAAUUAUCGUGUAUUUAAGGAUCCCAAGGAAUUGGUCAGAGUGAAUGGAUUGGAUCUCUAUACUGCUGCAACGGUGGCUGUGAAUGGUGUCACUGCUUAUCAAUUGGUGAAGAAUUUCAUUUCAUGGGAUAUUGAGAGUACUGGGAAUGAAUGGUUGAUUCAGAACGCAGGUACCUCAGGAGUCUCUAAGAUGGUUACUCAAAUUGCUAAAAUUAAUGGUAUCAAGACUUUGAGCGUUAUUCGUGAUAGGGAUGAUUUUGAUGAAGUUGCCGAGACUUUGGAGAAGACGUUUGGAGCUACUAAAGUUAUUUCUGAAUCACAAAAUAAUGAUAAAGUCUUCAAUAAGGAAGUUUUGCCUAAGAUUUUAGGAGAGAAUGCAAGGGUUAGGUUGGCUUUGAAUUCUGUUGGUGGUAAAUCAAGUUCAUCGAUUGCAAGAAAAUUGGAAAAUGAUGCCUUGAUGUUAACUUAUGGAGGGAUGUCAAAGCAACCUGUAACUCUACCAACAUCUUUACAUAUCUUUAAGGGGUUAACUUCUCAAGGGUAUUGGUCCACGAAACAUAAUAAGGAAAAUCCAAGCCAAAAAAUUGAUGCGAUUGACGCAAUAGUUGAUAUGUAUAAAGAAGGUGAUUUUAUCUCGCCAAAAAAUGAGCUAGAUAUCUUAGAGUGGGAUGUUAAUAAUGCAUCAGAUACUGAAGUCCUUGACAUGAUUAAAUAUGGUAUUACUGGUAAGGGUAAGAAGAGAUUAAUCAAGCUAAACUGGUGA